GCAAUAGAAGAAGAAGUAGUGGGUGGGUCUGUACCGUGAUGUAAUGGCUGUAUGUACCUGCAGGCCGCUGCUGAUACUAUCUUCGUUGUGCUUCGUAGACGACAUGGUGUCUGAUAAAGAGAGAAACCUCCGGUUUGUUGAGGUGUCUGUAUGAGUCACUGACCGUGCUGCUGUUGACCACAGGGAGAAAACAGCUCGUCAUUAAGCCUGAGCUCGGUGAAGCGCUCGGUGCCGCCCCCUCUGCUAGCACAGCUAACGCUCUUACCGACAUACACUCCGGGACAACGUUAGCAGUUGGUUAGCUUGUAGAGGUUUUAACAGCACCGGUGCCAGGAUGCAAGAGGAGUAUUUGUGAAGACCGCCCCCAUCUACGUGCCAUGUCUCUGGUUUUCUCACGGCCCAACACCAACGCAGUCCAUAGCAAGAAGGACAAGAGACUGAUGGCAGAAGUGAACGCAUCGCCGCUCAAACACUUUGUCACAGCAAAGAAGAAGAUCAAUGGGAUCUUUGAACAGUUGGGGGCCUACAUCAAGGAGAGCGCUUCCUUUCUGGAAGAUACUCACAAAAAUGAGGAGCUGGACCCGGUCACCACAGAGGAGCAGGUCCAGGAUGUCCGUGGUUACCUCACAAAGGUGGCAGGGAUUGGAGAAGUGCUCGCCCGCAGGCACAUGAAGGUGGUCUUCUUUGGGAGGACCAGUAAUGGGAAGAGCUCAGUGAUCAAUGCCAUGCUCUGUGAUAAGGUGCUGCCGUCUGGAAUAGGACACACCACCAACUGCUUCCUGAGGGUGGAGGGCACCGAUGGCAACGAGGCCUUCCUCCUCACUGAAGGCUCAGAGGAGAAGAAGAGCAUAAAGACGGUGAACCAGCUGGCCCACGCUCUCCACCAGGAUGAGGACCUGGACGCCGGCAGCUUGGUCUGUGUCAUGUGGCCGAAAGCCAAGUGUGCUCUGCUGAGGGAUGACCUGGUGCUGGUGGACAGCCCAGGUAUCGAUGUCACCACAGAGCUGGACAGCUGGAUCGACAAGUUCUGCCUGGAUGCUGAUGUGUUUGUUCUGGUGGCGAACUCUGAGUCCACACUGAUGCAGACGGAGAAGUCCUUUUUUCACAAGGUCAACGAGCGGCUCUCCAGUCCGAACAUCUUCAUCCUCAACAACCGCUGGGACGCUUCCGCCUCAGAGCCUGAGUACAUGGAGGAGGUUCGCAGGCAGCACAUGGACCGCUGCACCAACUUCCUGGUGGAUGAGCUGGCUGUGGUAGACCGGAACCAGGCCAGUGACCGCAUCUUCUUCGUCUCUGCCAAGGAAGUGCUCCAGGCUCGAGUACAGAAGGCUCAAGGGAUGCCUGAAGCAGGUGGAGCCCUGGCUGAGGGAUUUCAGGCCAGAAUGUUUGAGUUCCAGAACUUUGAGCGGAGAUUCGAGGAGUGUAUCUCUCAGUCUGCGGUGAAGACCAAGUUUGAGCAGCACACAGUGAGGGCCAAGCAGAUCUCUGAGGCUCUGCGUCACAUCAUGGACUCUGUUCACGUUGCUGCACAAGAGCAGAGGGUCUACUGUCUUGAGACCAAAGAGGACCGUCAGGACCGGUUGGAGUUUAUAGAUAAGCAGCUGGACCUGUUGACCAUGGACUGUAAGGCCAGGAUCAAGAAGAUCACUGAGGAGGUGGAGAGACAGGUGUCUAAUGCCAUGGCCGAGGAGAUCAGGAAGCUUCAUGUGCUGGUGGAUGACUUCCACAUGGACUUCCACCCUUCAUCAGUGGUGCUCAAGGUCUAUAAGAACGAGCUCCAUCGGCACAUAGAAGAGGGUCUGGGCAAGAACAUGUCAGAGAGGUGUUCCACCUCCAUCACCAGCGCCCUGCAGGGCACACAGACCGACAUGAUUGAGGGUCUGAAGCCUCUCUUGCCCAGCCCAGUCAGAGAGCAGGUAGACAAGCUGGUUCCUCGUCAGUGCUUCAGCCUCAGCUAUGACCUGGCCUGUGACAAGCUGUGCAGUGACUUUCAGGAGGACAUCAGCUUCCAUUUCUCUCUGGGCUGGACAAUGCUGGUCAACCGCUUCCUGGGGCCCAAGAACACCCGGAGGGCCCUGAUGGGCUACAACGACCAGGUCCCUCGGCCCAUGGCCCUAACUCCAGUCAGCACCAGCAUGCCUCCAUUCCCACAGAGCUCCAUGACCCAGGAAGAGCUGAUGGUCUCCAUGGUGACAGGUCUGGCCUCCCUCACCUCCCGUACCUCCAUGGGUGUCCUUGUGGUUGGUGGCGUGAUCUGGAAGGCGGUCGGCUGGCGUCUGAUCGCCCUGUCGGUGGGCCUCUACGGGCUUCUCUACAUCUAUGAGCGGCUCACCUGGACCACCAAGGCCAAGGAGAGAGCUUUCAAGAGACAGUUUGUGGACUACGCCAGCGAGAAGCUGCAGCUCAUCGUCAGCUACACUGGAUCCAACUGCAGCCACCAAGUCCAGCAGGAGCUGGCUGGUGUGUUUGCUCAGCUGUGCCAGCAGGUGGAUGUGACCCGUCAGAACCUGGAGGAUGAGAUCACUGACAUGAACAGGAAGAUCGAGCUGCUGGACGGUCUGCAGAGCAAGGCCAAGCUGCUGCGGAACAAGGCGGGCUGGCUGGACAGUGAGCUCAACAUGUUCACUCAGCAGUACCUCCACCACAGCAAGUGAAGACAGACUGAACUGCUGCUGCUGCUUCUGAACUGUAGGAUGAAGAGAGGAACCAACAUCACUGUCGUCAGAGGGACAGGACAGUCUGUACAUCUGACGUGAGUGGAGGGAGACCCUGAGUGGAGGAGGUCUGGUUCUGUACACAUGUUACUGUUGUAUAAAACCAGAACUACAUGUCCUGUCAGUCUGUGUCCCGGUCUCUCCAGAACUACAUGUCCCCCCCAGUCUGUGUCCCGGUCUCUCCAGAACUACAUGUCCCCCCCAGUCUGCGUCCUGGUAUUUCCAGAACUACAUGUCCCCCCCAGUCUGUGUCCUGGUAUCUCCAGAACAACAUGUGUCCUGGUCUCUCCAGAACUACAUGUCCCCCCCAGUCUGUGUCAUGGUAUCUCCAGAACAACAUGUGUCCUGGUCCCUCCAGAACUACAUGUCCCCCCCAGUCUGUGUCCUGGUAUCUCCAUAACAACGUGUGUCCUGGUCUCUCCAGAACUACAUGUCCCCUCAGUCCCUCCACUCUGAGUCCUCGAGCUGCAACAACACUGGUUCCUACUGAAGACAUAGAUCUUUAAAACACCUCUCAGAUAUAGAAUAUGUUCAUCCUUAAAACCUGCAGCUGCACUUCAGUCUUCAUGAGUUCAACAGAAGACGUGCUUUGGUUGGGGACUAUUUUCUGUUGCGUUUGUUCCUGGCCGAACUCAGAGGAAGAACACGUGUCAGGACACACGAUAAGAAACAUAAAGAUGAACUCAUGGUUUUAGUCAGGUGUAAUAUUUAGAGCACUGAAGUUGAUUUUACACUGAUCUUUAAUAACCUCAUGUACCAGAGAUGUUAGUAUGAAAUGAAGGCUGUGACUCAGCUGACGUGUCAUCAUCAUCAUCAUCACCACAUUAUCUGCUUUGACGCUGACAGAUGUUUUCAUGUGUAAAACAUCUGUGUUAGAGAAGACUUUGUGUGUAUCAUCUCUGCUUCCUCCUGUUAAACUCUCACACUUCUUCUUUUUGUUGCACUGAAUGUGUGUGUGGUUAGGAAACCGCCGCUACAUGUGAUAUUAAUAAUGAUAAUUAUAGCCACAUAUGUUGGAGAUGUGCGCGUGGCCAACAACAACAGUCCGCUUCUGAGGCGUGUAUAUAAUGUAAUUUAAUAAUCUGCCUUUCAAUUGGAAACAAGGACACGUCAGACUGGAUGGUCUGGGUCCUGGUCCUGGUCCUGGGUCUGAGUGAGUCCUGGUUGAUUGAAACUAUAGACUGUUGCUAUGUGAACGGGUGGGUCUGCUGCCACACGACCCUUCAUCAGAGUGAAGACGUGCACUUUACUGAGCUGCUGCUGCUUUAGAUUCUUUCUUCUUCAUAAAGGUUAUAGACGAUGCUGGAGGUGGAGGUGCCUGCAUGCAGUGAUUGUUGUAGAUUGUUCACCUGUUGAAAUGUUCAAACGUGUGUAUGUAAAAAAAUAAAAUAAAAUAAAGGUGACACAACCAUUAAACAA